UAUACAGCAGCCUAGCGCCCAGAACAAGGGAAAGGCAAGGAACGAUGCUAUCGGAGUACUGUCCCAGCUAUGGACCUCUCUUCGGAGUCCUUGGAUGUACAAGCGCCAUUGUAUUCACGAGCAUCGGGGCAGCCUACGGAACCGCAAAGGCCGGGGUGGGCGUUUGCUCAUCGGGCGUCCUGCGGCCGGAUUUGAUCGUCAAAAACAUCGUUCCCAUCGUUAUGGCCGGUAUCCUAGGCAUAUACGGCCUGGUGGUUUCAGUACUGAUUGCCAACAACCUCGCGCAGGAGAUGGCUCUGUACACGAGUCUGCUUCAGCUGGGUGCCGGUCUGGCGGUUGGGCUUUGUGGUCUGGCUGCUGGGUUUGCAAUUGGAACUGUAGGCGAUGCAGGGGUCAGAGAAACCACGCAGCAGUCGAGGCUUUAUGUGGGCAUGAUUCUUAUUUUAAUCUUUGCUGAGGUCUUGGGAUUGUACGGCUUGAUUGUCGCGCUGUUGAUGAACUCCAGGGCAGGCGUUGUCGACUUCACGUGCAGUGGCUGAUUCUUCAAGAUUCAAUGUGGCACGCUGGAUCUGUGGGUACAAGGUUGUGCAUGUAUCCCAGUACUCCACCGUUCGAUCAGUGGUGAAAUUUCUGGGCAUGAUCCGGUUGCUCUCUUAGUUCGUGAUCGAGCAUCCACAUAUACCCUGCGUGCUGGGCAGGCAUUACUUGCACCUCCAGAUGUCCUCAUACAAGGACUUCCAUUCUACACAGCAUAUGGGUUUUUGUCUGCUAGAAAACGUAGAAAAUGUCUACCAGUGACUUCACCA